UUAUUUGACAUUUGACUUGCGUUAUCGCAUUCAUCCACAGAAUAUUUUCCUACAGUGAGUUAUUUCAUGAUUUAAUCUGUAGCUCUUUAUCGUCUGUAGCGCCUCUGGCGACUAUGAAAUCGGUUGUUCUCGGUUAGGUUUUUAAGUGAGAGUGCUCAGGGCAUGCCUCAGACCGGAGACAAGUAACUUGUCUCUGUAACUAACCACAGAACAUACCCCCAUACAUAGGGGGGAUAUUUUGUGUAACUAACUAGUAAAUAGAAGUUUGUUUUGAUUAACGUAACCUCAAACUAACUUGCGCAUGUUAUUUAAGCAAGGAGCCGAUUGCGAUAUAUGCGCUAGUUGGCAAAACAGUCUUGUGUCAUGUCAAUGUGAGAUCCCUGCCUUGUUCUAUGGAUCAGUCUGCUGACGCGAACGCGAUUUUUGUGUUGUUUACUCGGUUUAUAUUCAUGUGUUGUUGAAGUUGCUGAGUUUUAGAGCUCGUUUAGUUGGCUUUUUCACUAAUUUACAUUCAAAUCAUGGUAUUGGAGUGCCUGCAAGCGGAUUGCCAUUAUUCUAAGUGCAUCUUGUAUAGCUAUUUUGCCCCUAAUAGAACAUUUGGUGAUCACUUGUGCUAAAAAUGACUGAAGUAAUAAUUUCUCGCGGAGACACUUUCCCGAGGGCCUUACUGGACACUUACAGAGCCAGUAAAAACACGGAGUUUUUCAGUGACUUGUCCUCAAGUAAAAGUGAUGAGCUAGUGCUUCAAAAUCCCGCAGAUAUUCCCGUUAGUGAAGAAAUACAUCACGGACAUUCAGAGAAUUUGUUAGACUCGGGGUGUAUGUCGCCAACGAAGAAAGACUUUUUGGACAAACCUGAAGUGGUGGUGCUCCCGAAGUACCGGAGUAAAAGGGCUUCAGUUUAUGAUCGGGUCGUCGAUCCCGAGGACAGUCUUAGGGAUAUUGUCAGUGAAAAUGAUUUUUAUCGGUUUGUCCUCUUCAAAAAGCAUUACGACAAGUAUCUACACCUGUCGCAAAAGUAUGAAGAGGCCCGAAACAUUGCCUAUUAUCUAGAGGAGAAAUAUCAUGAGGUUAAGACUGAAAGAGAUGAUCUUAUCCAACAAAGAGAAAGAAUAGCCAGAAGACUUGAAUCAAAUGAGUGUCUGCUCAGAGAAAAAGAAGAUGAAGUGUUUAUCAAUUUAGAAAGAGUGGUGUACCUUGAGGAACAAUGCGAUAAGUUAAGGGCUGAAAAAGAGAAACUUUUCGAACAGAAGGCUAUGAUUGAAAAAGAACGCGACAAAACUUUAAGACUGAUACAAGAGCAGGCCAAGGAGUCAGAGUACAACAGGAGAAAGCUAGAAAGGGCUAGGCAGGAAGUGGUCCAUCAUUUAACUAAAAUCAAGAAUGAAAAAGAAACUUUAGAGAGAGAAAACGACAAACUAAAAGAGGCUUUGGAAGCAGAGCGGAAAGGACUGACACGAUGCGUUCCUCACAUUCUUCGACGGCGAACGGAUGCUUCCGAAUUUGCGGACCGAAGAGUUACGGAGCUGAAAUCCCCGGAAUACCAGGCGUCUACGUUAGCGUCUCAGUUCCAGAAAGCCGUGGAACAUCUGGCCAAUUGCAAGCAAAAGAAAUGCUCCGUGUGUGCAUAUGCUAAGUCGUCAUACAAGAGGAUAUCGCCCAAUAAUAAUAAUCGUAAGUUGUUUGGCUGUCUACAAACGCCUUUCUUGGAAAUGCGUAAUAUGAUCAAACCGCCGAGGUCUCCAAUACAUUGCGGCGAAGGCGCGAGUCUUUCCGAAUGGUUUUGUCCUAUAGAAGAUUCUCCAUCGGCUUCUGGGUAUGUGCAAAGUGAAUGUUCCUCACUUAGCGUUCCCUUUGCUGAAUUGUCCAUUUCCUACAUGGACGAUGUUUCUGACACUUCUUCAAGUUACUUGCGAGAUAAAGAAGAUGAUCAAUUGGACGGCUACAGUCAAGAAAAUAGAAACAGUUUUCGAGGUUUUGGAAGUGAUUCUGGCUUUUCAUCGGAUAUUUGCGGAGACUAUAAGAGCAACGCAACGACGCCAAAAGAGAAAUUCAGCCCCAAUUCCACUUUGGACGAAAACGAUUGUGCCAAACUGACGCGUACCAAGUGGACUGCAUCGUUCCGUAAGAUCAUUCGUAAAAUCAAAAAGUAAAUUACAUUUUCAACCUUCAAUAUAAUACUUAUCUGAACGGCACGAAAAUAAUAAAUACUUUCGUAUGUUUUUUGUAGUGUUAUACACUUUGUAAGUGGAUUCGAAAGCUUAAAUCAUCAUCAUGAAACUCUAAUGCACUAUUUUUCACAGGCACAUUUGGAAAUAUUAUUUACUUUCAUUUAAUAGUUUAAUACUUGCAUUAUCAAGCCACAAGCCCAAAAAUGAUUGUCUAUUUUUAUUAAAGGACUAGUUCUGUAAUAAACGCUCUUAGGAAACUAUAUAGGUGACCAAAUGAACGUAGCCAUAAAUAUUAACACACAUCAUUCGGUAAUGAUGUUUUUACGACUAUGAUAAGAAGCUAAUAUGAACGUUUUCAGAUCAACUAAUAAUUCUCAAUUAGUCUAGUAGGAAUUAGAACCAUUUGCUUCUCAUGUAGAUGUAGUAGAAAUUUUAGGGAACAUUUUAUGACGGAAGUGUCCUUUAGGUUCUAAUAGUCAAUUCAUACCAAAAUUUAGAACUUUGUUGACUGUUUAGACAUUUUAUUCUAGAAAGUUCUUGCCCGUAGGAUUGAUACCAUAUCGUGUAAGUGUUGUUAGAUGUUUACGUAUUCAGAACCCGUAUUAUUCUGAAGUUUUUCUGUUAACAGAAGCGAAAAAACACGAUGCAUAAACAAGUAUAGUAUAGAUUGAAAUAUCUCGUUAGGUACUUAUUUAAUUUAUUUUGCAGUAUUUAUUCGUUCGAAUUGCUCCGUCUACAAGCAAUUGCUUUCAUGUAUUGUUAUAGUAUUUAGAGGUUUUUUCGUACUUAAUCGCGAUCGCUAUUGUUAAGCACCCAACAUAACUCGUAUGAUAUUCUACUUAUUUCUAUCACCUAAGUGCAUUUUUAAUAUUUAUUACAUUCAUUGGCAAAACCUCAUAAGUCAAUCUUGUGAUUUGGUUGCGCACUACGAUUGUCUAUAAUUGUUUUAAAAAAAUGAGGCACAAUGCUCGAGAAAAUUCUUCACUAAAAUGUUUGGGUCUCGUUGUUAAUAAGUACUCUGAUAUGUCCAGAGCUUUUUGAAAAGUAGCAUACAAAUCGAUUACUUCGUACAUUCCAUAUUACGUCCGUUAUAUUCGUUAAGAGGUACUCAUUGGUAGUUAUACAGUUAGGGAAAUAAUUGAUGGGUGAGUAAAGGAGAAAAUCGCUAAUAACCGCUCCCCAAAGAAUAGGCAUUACAAUAACAUAAUUCGAGAACGGAAUUGUUUAAAGAACAAUAAUAUGUUAAAAGAAUAUUUGAUCGAAUAAAUUGCGAGUGUUCGCAAAGAGUGCCUCCAAUGGUGUCCUUCAAUUAACUGCAAUUGUUAACAUUUUUGCAACCUUAAUUAAAUGUUUUGUCCGAUUU